UCUAUCAAAUCCAUCGAUUUUUACUGUUUUUUUCUCUCUCUAAAAUCCAAAUAUUAGGGUUUUUGUUGCCUUUCGCUCCAAAAUUUCAAAACGGCCAAUCGUGAAUCUCGAGUUGUUCUCCCUCUUUCUCUUGCCAUCUAGGGUUUGCAGAUCUAACCCAUUUAUAAUUCAACAUGUUUUGGAAGCUUACAUCCUUAUCUGCUUCUUCGCCUGUGUUGAUUGAUAGGUCCAGCAUAAAAUUAUAAGGUCGAGUCUAUAUUGGACAAGGAGAAUUUCACAUUGGAAGAGCUCUUGGAUGAAGAAGAUAUAAUCCAAGAAUGCAAAGCGUUAAACAGUCGCCUUAUUAAUUUCUUACGGGAUAGAGUUCGGGUUGAACAAUUAUUGCGGUAUGUCAUAGAAGAGCCUCAGGAGGAUGCUGAUAGCAAACGUACUUUCAAGUAGGUUCCCUUUCAUGGCUUGUGAGAUCUUUACAUGUGAAAUUGAUGUAAUCUUCAAGACCUUAGUGGAGGAAGAGGAGCUUAUGGAUUUACUUUUCUCCUUCUUGGAGCCAACCCGCCCUCAUAGUGCCUUGCUGGCUGGGUACUUCAGUAAGGUUGUGAUAUGUCUCAUGUUGCGGAAGACGGUUCCACUUAUGAAUUAUGUUCAAGCUCAUCAAUAUGUUUUCCAACAGCUGGUUGAUUUAAUAGGGAUUACAUCAAUCAUGGAGGUCUUGGUUAGACUUGUUGGAGCGGAUGACCAUAUCUAUCCCAAUUCUACAGAUGUGAUGCAGUGGUUGGCCAAUAGCAACUUGUUGGAGAUGAUAGUAGAUAAAUUGAGUCCUUCCAACCCUUCUGAAGUACAUGCUAAUGCGGCAGAAACAUUAUGUGCUAUAACAAGAAAUGCGCCAUCUCCUCUUGCCUCUAAACUUUCUAGUUCAAGUUUCGUGACAAGGAUAUUUGGUCAUGCAUUAGAAGAUUCACAUUCAAAAUCAGGACUUGUCCACUCACUGUCUGUGUGUAUAUCCUUGUUGGAUCCAAAAAGAUCACUUCCUUCGCUGUUAUUUCAUUCUUUUCGAGGUCAACAUGUAUACGAGUCACCAGUGCAAGUUAACCAGGAGACUGUUGGUGCCAUGCUGCCCAAACUUGGUGACCUGUUGAUCUUAUUGAAUGUUUCAUUGGAUGAGAAGAUUUUACCAACUACUUAUGGCCAAUUGAAGCCUCCUCUAGGGAAGCAUCGACUAAAGAUUGUGGAGUUUAUUGCAGUUCUAUUGAAGACCGGGAAUGAAAUUGCAGAGAAGGAAUUAAUUAGCUCUGGAACCAUUCAAAGAGUUCUUGAUCUUUUUUUCGAGUACCCAUAUAAUAAUGCUUUGCAUCAUCAUGUUGAGAGCAUAAUAUUAUCCUGCCUAGAAAGCAAAAACAAUACCAUCAUUGAUCAUCUAUUUCUAGAAUGUGGUCUCACGACAAAGAUUCUACAAACAGAUAGGAGUCCCAUCCUUUCUGGUGAAGUUGAUCAGCCAACGCUGCCUGCUGCUGGAAGAAAUGCACCCCGGGUUGGGAACCUUGGACAUGUCACACGUAUCGCCAAUAAGAUCAUACAGUUGGGAAAUUGUGAUAGCCGCAUUCAGACACAUAUUCAGGAAAGUAGUGAAUGGAAUGAUUGGCAGACUACAGUUUUACAGGAACGCAAUCUGGUUGAAAAUGUGUAUCGGUGGGCUUGCGGUCGACCAACUGCACUACAAGAGAGGAAUAGGGAUAGUGAUGAGGACGAUAUUCAUAGCCGAGACUAUGAUGUUGCUGCUCUAGCAAAUAAUCUAAGUCAAGCAUUUAGGUACAACAUAUAUGACAACGAUGAUGGUGAUGAGGGCCAUGGGACUCUUGAUCGAGAUGACGAGGAGGGUUAUUUUGAUGAUGAAUCUGCUGAAGUUGUUAUAUCAUCCCUUAGGCUAGGUGAUGACCAAGGAAGCAGUUUGUUUACAAAUUCAAAUUGGUUUGCUUUUCAAAAUGACAACAUAAACGAUGCACCCACCUCAGCUUCUGAAAUACUGGAUGAGAUAAACUUGAAUGGAGGAGCAUCUCAUGGUGGUAACAGCAGUAGUGACGACGAAGUGGUGGUUGGAGAGGAUGAUGAAUUGGUGGCUUGCAAGAAUUCCAACAAUGGUACAUCUAGUUCCAACCCAAAUCCAAAUCCCUUCAGCGAAGAAGCAGAUGGAGCAGACUUGAAGAACAAUGAUAGUGGGUUUUUCAGAUUGGAGACAACAGACAACGAAGAGUCAUUAGUAGAUGAGAGGCCUAUACCCGAGUGGGUAGGAUGGGAGAAGCCAUCAUCAGUUGGUGGGCCAGGGGUGAACCCGUUUGAAGAUUACGGUAAUGCCCCUGCCCCUGGUCCCAGUGAGGAGACAGUAGCAGUAGCAGGUACGUCUAUGAGUAGUCCAGUUUCAUCUGGAGAGAAUGGCACAUUGUGUUCGAGUAAUCCGAGUGAUGGGCCGCCAGCCAAUGCUGGUGGUGGGGUUUCUUUGUUUGAAGAAGAUGUGGAGUUUGUGGGGGUAGAAGUUGAAGGGACAGAGAAAGCCAUGGAUGAAGCUCUCAAGGAAGGGAUUGUAGGGGAAGCAGGGGCUUUAAAAAGGAAAGUGGUCAUAAUACCAAAUAAGGAUAAAAACAUAGCAGAAGAAGAAAAAGAAAAGGAAGGAGGAGAAGAAGGUAGGGGUGAAGGAAUGAAAGAGUUUAAUGAUGCUAACUAUUGGAAGGUUGACCAAGAAGUCAAGGUUUUGGAGUGAAACUAGACCUGUUUGAACAUGGGGGAAAAGCAGCAGCAGCAACAGCAACAGAAAGAGAUGUACAGUAUAAUUUUGAUUGUGUAGGCUGGUUGGUUGGUUGAUGUGAUCAACUGAUUGAUUUAUGUUUUUUAAUUAUCAUUAUUAUUAUUAUUAUUUACAGAUUUUGAAAUGAUUUGGAUCAUCAAUCAUCUGUGUAUUAUUCUUGAUUUCCAGAUAGAUUUUUUUAUGUAA